CACCAUGGCCAUGAGCACCCUCAUGAGUUUGCCUCGGCGAACAGAGACCAUUUUAACGAGACGGCCCACGAGUACGAUGACCGUCCUCAUGCUCUGGAAUUAGCCCGCCGGCUUGGACAAGCCAUAAGGAAGACAUAUCCUUCUCUUCUCGACGAAGAUAGCACGGCGAUGAUGGACUUUGCAUGUGGGACAGGAUUGAUUUCCCGCGAGCUUUGUCCUUAUGUCAGAUCGAUUGUCGGGGUCGACAUCAGUCCUGGCAUGGUCGAGCAGUUCAAUCUCAGAGCAUCGAAUCAGGGCUUGGCACCAGGGGAAAUGCAAGCCGUCUGCGUCGAGCUUAAAGGCUCCACCAACGAGCUCAAUGGCCAAAAGUUCGAUGUGAUCGUCUGCGCACUUGCAUACCAUCACUUCUCGUCCAUCGAAGACACCACGCGCAUUAUUUCCACUUUCCUGAAGCCUGGAGGCUCGCUAUUAGUUGCGGACAUUAUGAAGAGCACCCUCCACGGCGAGAUAUUUCCGGAUGGCGGACACAUCGUCGCUCACCAGCAUGGCUUUGACGAGGAAGAACUGCGCAGAGUAUUC